AAACAAUGCAUUCAGAUUUCUGACGCGCACCUGUUUGACGUACACAACGCAUAAGGAUGUACUUUUGUAGGUAAACAAUUUCCUGGACUUACUUCCCCUGAGGGAUGGGCAUCUCCUUUAUAGUGUACAUUCGGCGGACAGAACACAGAUUUAUCGUAAAGUUAGCAAGUAUGAAGUUUCUACUGCUGAUAGCAUCUGUUAUUUUAUCAGGGAGCCCUAUAGAAGCCUGUGAUAUUGAAGGUGUCCUGAAAUGCUGGACCGAGUCCUCUGUACCAGAAAUUUCUAAGAAAUUUGCGUCAUCAGAACUGUUAAAGACCCUGAAUGCUCAAUAUGCCGCAGAUGAAUACUGCAGCGCCCAGGAGAAACUUGACCGUUGCAUGCAAGCGUUCAAAGACAAAUGUCAGUCCGUGGACACCUUGUCUUUAGACACCAUUAUAUCUGCAGGAAAAUUUCUGUGCACAAAGGGAAAACAAGAUUUCAUUAAUCAUUUCCACUGUCUGAUGUCCAGAUCAUUUCAAAACAAUACUCUGUCAUGUAUGAAUGACAUCAUGGAACUAGUCCAAAACGUUAGCGAGGCCCAGGCUAAUGGUUAUGACAUUUCGCAUCAAAAAUGCAGCGCGGCAGAGGAGGCGUUUACCUGUAUAGAAGGGAAAACUCAAAUGUCAUGUGGAGAUGCGGCAAAAGAGUUUGUUCAUCACUACCUAGAAGCGACCAUCCAGCCACUGAUGAAAGGUGUAACCUGCAAUCACAGCCACUCUCCUAAUGAAUACCCUACUACAAAUGGACAUCAGAAUAAUAAACAUUGUACGAAAUACUGUUAUAAAUACCCGGAAACAUCGAUCACUCCCGUUUUGGAAAGUACCAAAAUAGAAAUGGAUGAAUGGUGCACAGCGAAUUGCAAACUGGGCAAUUGUCCUGAGAAUUUGUGUACCUGUGAUUGCCAAGUUCCCACGCAGGUUCUCGUGUGUGAGCCAGUCCAAUCAAAAUUUGCUGCCGAGGAGGACGGCGCCACCUGGUGUCAUAACACAUGCACAGCUGGUCAUUGUCCAGAGGAAUACUGUAAAUGUCAUAUUCUGUAUAGCCUCCCUAGACCUAUUACAAGUGGUUGGAGGUGAUAGAGCUGGGGUGACAGAUUCAAAAGGGGGUAAAUAAUACACCUUUGUUACACCAAAUGAAAUCCAUUGUUUUUGCCCAAAUUAUAGUUCGCACUCAUUGUUUUGUGUUGUGAUUUAUUUUACUGUUUAGUAUUAAGACAACCUGGGUUUUCUAUGAUAUUACUUACGAAGUUUUCUAUGUACAACUUACAAAUAUCUAGAUAUUACUUACGAAGUUUUCUAUGUACAACUUACAAAUAUCUAUGAUAUUACUUACGAAGUUUUCUAUGUACAACGAGAAAUAUCUAUUCAUUUGUAACAUUUUGUAUGUCGAUUUGACGCUGUUGCCAACACAAGGAAAUUUUGUUGGAAGUUGUGAACAAAUUUUCGAAUGUUUACAUCCAUUCCAUCUGCAUUUGAUUUUAUUUGUUUGGUUGUAUAAUAUAAGCGAAUAUAAGA